GGAAAGAGAACGUCUACAACAAAGGUGACAUCACUGGAUGUAGGAGGAUGAAGAUCCCACUUGUGCUGUUUGUGGUAAUCAUUGGAUGUUGUGCCAAAGAAAAUUUGCAUGGCACGUCUUUCCUGUUUUCUAGUAGUCCCAUAGCAAAAGUGGUUUUGAAACCCACCAUCUCCGAACCUUUGAGAAAUAUUACCAUCUGUCUGCAGUCCUACACGGACUUCAUCCAUAAAGACUCACUCUUCAAACUGGAGACUAAAAAUUCCUAUCCAUUCCAUCUCUUCCAAAUCUCAGACUAUUACUACAUUAGAAUAGACCGAGAUCAAGUUUACUUCAAGACCAGCAAAGAGAGCAUGGAGUGGAGACUCAUCUGUGUUUCUUGGGAGUCCAGCACUGGAGUCAUCCAUUUUGUUGUCAAUGGGAAACUCUUUCCAAGGAAGGUCUUAAAGCCGGGUUUCAUCAUAGACUCAGAGGUUACCGCGAUCCUUGGGCAUAAUAUUGGCUUUUCUGAUAUUCGUCUUGGUAUGGCUGAACCUUCUUAUGUAGGUGAAAUUAGAAAAGUUAACAUGUGGGAUCAGGCUCUCCACCCCAGUGAGAUGCAAUCAAUGUAUUUUAAUAAUUGUUAUAACUGUAAUGGAAGUGUCAUUAGCUGGGAGUCUGUGGACUAUGAGAUUUAUGGAGAUGUCCUCUUGUAUAAGCCAUCGAAAAAACCUUAGUGGAUGUAACUAAACUGUUGAGAAAAUCUAUAGCUGAUCAAAAUUCUAGGGAUGCUAUUUUGUAAGUGUGUCUGUG